UCUGCAGUGCUCAGCCUGUGUGAGUGGAGGUGGUUAUCAUGGCCGCCUGAGCGAAUCCCGAUCCGUCUGUACUCUCUUCUCCGUCUCACUCUCCUCUCUCUCCUCGGCUCCGGGGUCCUACAUCUUUCUUUUGCACCUUUUCUCGGGCUUAAACUCACUUCGCUAAGGAUUUAUCAUUCAUGUCAGAGCUCAAAUAUGCAGCCUCCUCCGAGAAAGGUAAAAGUCACCCAAGAACUGAAGAACAUUCACGCUGAACAGAUGACGAGGCUCCAGGUGAAGCACCAGGCAGAAUGUGAUCUACUGGAAGACAUGAGAACUUUCAGCCAAAAGAAGUCUGCCAUAGAGAAGGACUAUGCACAGGCUUUACAGAAGCUGGCAAGCCAGUACUUAAAGAGGGAUUGGCCAGGAAUUAAAGCAGAAGAACGGACUGACUAUAGAAAUGUCUACGCUGUCUGGAAGUCUUUCUUAGAAGGGACAGUGCAGGUGACCCAGUCUCGCAUUAAUAUCUGUGAAAACUACAGAAAUGAGAUUUCAGAACCUGCCAAGAUGGUCAAACUGCUGAAGGAGCAACAGCUGAAGAAGUGUAUAGAGCAGUUGACACGGAUUCAGGCUGAGCUUCAAGACACGGUCAAAGACCUGGCUAAGUCCAAGAAGAAGUAUUUUGAGAUGGAACAGAUGGCCCAUGCAGUGCGGGAGAAGGCAGACAUUGAAGCCAAGUCCAAACUGAGUUUAUUUCAGUCAAGAAUAAGUUUGCAAAAGGCAAGUGUAAAGUUAAAAGCCAAGAGGAGUGAUUGCAACUCGAAAGCCACCCACGCCAGGAAUGAUUAUCUUCUCACCCUGGCUGCUGCAAAUGCCCACCAAGACCGCUACUACCAGAUAGACCUCAUCAGCUGCAUCAAGGCUCUCGAUGGAAGUAUCUACGAUCAUGUCAAGGAUUAUUUAAUAUCAUUCUGUCGGACUGAACUUGAGGCCUGCCAGGCUAUCCACAAUACAUUCCAGUUCCUUUUGGAAAAAUCUAGCAGAGUGGUGCAGGAUUUCAAUCAACAACUUUUCAUGCAAGAGAACGUGUGCUUUCACAAAGCACAAUGUUUCCAGUUUCAGCCCAGUGACAGCGACAUGAGUUUAAAUGCCAUCCAGUUGGUGGACAUUGAGCCUUCGCCUGUGAGUGCUAUGAGAAUGACCUUGGCCGAGAGCCGGCAGCUGGAGUCGGAGAGUGGUACGACGGAGGAGCACAGCCUGAACAAAGAGGCCCGGAAAUGGGCGACCCGUGUGGCCCGGGAGCACAAGAACAUCAUCCACAACCAGAGGACGUUGGAAGAGUGUGAGACACAUGGGAUUUUGCCAUCAGAACAAAGUCGCAAUGAACUGGAGCUAAAAAUCGAAGAAGCUAAAGAGAAUAUCCGAAAAGCUGAGACGGUGAAGCUGAAGGCGGAGGCCCGCCUCGACCUCCUGCGGCAGAUUGGCGUUUCCGUGGACACCUGGCUGAAGAGCGCCAUGAACCAGGUGAUGGAGGAGCUGGAGAACGAGCGCUGGGCCAGCCUGCCCAGCCUGACCAGCCACGACCCCUCACUCUCGACUGGUACAGAUUUUGACAGAGAGGAAGGGGAAGAAUUUGAGGACAACAUGGACGUGUUUGACGACAGCAGUUCCAGUCCAUCUGGCACCCUAAGGAACUACCCACUGACCUGCAAGGUGAUCUACUCAUACAAGGCCUCCCAGCCUGAUGAGCUGACCAUUGAGGAGCAGGAGGUGCUGGAGGUGAUUGAGGACGGAGACAUGGAGGACUGGGUGAAGGCAAGGAACAAGUCGGGCCAUGUGGGCUAUGUCCCCGAGAAGUACCUUCAGUUCCCCACGUCCAACAGUCUCCUCAGCAUGCUGCAGUCCCUGGCCGCCUUGGACGCCCGGUCACACAGCUCCAGCAACUCCACCGAGCCUGAGCUGGCAUCAGGCAGCAUGAACGGGGAUGCCAACAUGAGCUUCGUGAAGGCGCUGUACGACUACGAGGGGCAGACGGACGAUGAGCUGUCGUUCCCGGAGGGCGCCAUCAUCCGCAUCCUCAACCGGGACAACCAGGAGGACGACGGCUUCUGGGAGGGGGAGUUCAACGGGCGCGUGGGCGUCUUCCCCGCGGUGCUGGUAGAGGAGCUGGCCACCUCGGAGAACGGGGACUGUCAGUGGAUCACCGACUCACAGGUGUCUCCCUCUCUGCGGCUGCAGUCCUCUCUGCCGCCACUGCCUCUGUACGACCAGCCCCCCUGCAGCCCGUUCACCAGCCCUGACAAGACCACGGCGCCCCCUUUCCCCCACUCCGCGUCCGUCAACGGAGAGCACCAACUGUUGCCUGCGCCACUCAAAGGCCCCGCUCACAAUCACAACAGCUUCUGUUCUGAGUCCCCCGGCUAUGCUCAGCCUCUGAGGCUCACACCAGACAGCGGCCCUGGAAAGCUUAGACCUGUCCGUGCGGCGCCCCCUCCACCCACACAGCACCCUCGUAGGCAGGUAGAGAAGACUGAAGAGGUGGAGAUCACUCUGGUGUAAGAGCACCACACCGGGGGAAGGCUGCUCGGGGGGCACCGUGCUCGUUGACUGAACUGGACCAGGCUCCGAACCGUGGGGGGGUGGGGGUGGGGUGAGACAGGCCCGUGGGAUCAGUCCUGGAGGUCCGGCACCUUUUCAUUAUGAGCCCUCGUCUUGAGUCAGGAGGAAGGAGGUUUGAGAGUAUUUAUUACGCAACAGACUGAAAGACCUUGGAAACCCGCUGAAGAGCAGGCCCAAAAUCGGCGGUCUUCUCAGGGAUCCUGCCUGCACCAUGCGGAGGUGAACAACUGCAAAAAGGUCAUCUGUAAACUCAACACCGGGCGGAGGACAUGGUGUGCUGAAAAAAGGCUUCAGCAGUCCCUAGAAACCUUCCUCUGGCAAACGCCAGCAGUACAGACAAUGGCACUGGUUGGAUUGGGCCUAUAAUUUAUAAGGAUCUAUAGAGAAAUUCACAAACAUUUAAACUAGAAAGAAAGGGGGAGGGGAAGAUCCAAAGAAAAUCUGCAAGGGAGAUGUCUUGGAAGUAGAAUCAAAAAAGAGAACCCAAGGGAAAUCAGAACAUCAAAGGACAAGGUAACUAGGUGCUUAUACCUAAAUCCCUGGAGUAUUAGGAACAAAAUACAAGAGAUGGAAGCUACUGCAGUAACAUGCACUUAUGAUGUAAUUGGAAUCACUGAAACAUGGCUAAUGGAGAGUGAUGGCAAGUGAUACAACAUUAAUGGGCAGUUGUUCUUGAGAGACCAGAAGGAAUGAAGGCGUGGAGGUAUAGCACUAUACAGUACAUCCAAAAGAGCAUUCGUAUACAGGAACAUAAAGAAUCAGUGGUCUUAUAAAUUACAUGGGUCAUACUUAUACAAAAAUACAUAGUGUAAGGAGUAGGCUACAGAUCACAAAAUUAAUAUAUUAUGCAGUUCAGUAUCAUGAAAUCAAGAACAUGUGUAAUGUCUGCAUUAACCUAGACCCUUUCAAUCGAUCAUGAUAGGUUAAGGAAAAUGGAUGCAAGAAAGCCAUUAGAGAUAUCCGAAGCAGUUUAGGACAUCAUUUCAGAAGAUCAAAGUAAAAUGAUUUCAGAAAAUGAAGGAGUCCUUGAGAAGUGAAAGAGAACAGAAAUGGAAACAGUAGAAUGGAUGACACCAUUUUAAAGGUAUUCUGCUUGAAGCACAGAACAGAUUAAGUGAAUAAGUAAAUCAGAGUAAAAAAACAGUGUCCAGUACGGCUUAGAAAAUCAAUUAAGAAAAAUAGAAGGGGGAAAAAAAGCACUUUAUAAAAUGAUUGAAACAUUUCAAAGGGAAAAUUAAUUGCAAUCACAUACACUAAGGUUAUAGGAGAGGCAGAGGGAGUUAUAAUAUCUCUCUGAUUCUCUCUCAAGAACAUAAGACCCUAAAAUAAAGAAAAUCAAGUCAGUAUUACCGCUGUAAAAGAUCAGUGAAAGAUUAAGUGCAGUUUCACAGAUACAAUAACCAGAAAGACUUAGAGAAUGAAAAGGCUGACAUAAAUUAAGAUUUUAUCCAGGUGUUUACCAAAGACUAAAUUUACAACAUGUCUCGGGCUGGGGAAGGACGAAGUUCUAAAUUAGGAAAAAGUUGCAAAGAAGAAGUAGAAUUGUUAAGGGUAUUAGAAGCACUUAAAUAAUUCCCCAAUACUCAAAGAAAGAGAUAUUAUCUGUAGGUCAUUAACAAAGCUCUUUGUGUAGUCCCUCUACACAGGGAUAAUACCCAUUGACUGAAAACGUACCCAUGAUUGGAGUAGCACCCAACAUAACCAUGGGGUGAAAAACUGAUGGGGUUGUACACCAAUAAGUCUUACUUCUAUUAAUUGCAAUGUUACAGAAACUAUUAUUAGACCCAAACUAGAGGAUCAUCUGUUUAAUGAUGGGUCUAAGAAGGGUAAAUCAUGCUUAACUUGUUUCCAGUUCUUUCAACAUGCGACAGGGGAAAUGGAUACCGACUGUACACUUGACUGACAAUUUACGUAGGCAUUUAGGGAUUUUGAGUAGCGUGUAAAGCCAAAUUCGCAUAUAGUCACACUUUACCCUAUAACCCUUAUAAAAAAAACCCUUCUAACCUCUUAUGCUAAAAGCAGUAUAAAACGGUUAAUAAAAAUAAAUAAAUGAGACGACUGUAUAGGCUUACUCACUAGGUCUCAUAGGCAUAUUUGAAAAUAUUUCGAAGAAUAAGGCAUUUUUUCAAUAUUUUUUUAAAUUUCCAUAGCCAACUACGUACAGCUGUUAAGUUGAGAACACGCAAGUUGCGAGUUGACUCUAUUUAGCCUUUUAGAACUAAGUGCUUUUGAUUCCUAAUGAAAGGUUCAUUCUUAAAUUCAGGCAGUAAGAAUUCUAGGUAAUGCACAUAUUUGGAUUGAGAACCGGUUAACAUAUAGACGACUGUACAGUCAAGGGGUGAAUGCUCAAACUGGUGUGAUGUAAUUAGUGGAGUACCACAUGGAAUUGUAUCAGGACCAUUGCUCUUCUUAAUUCAAACAAUUCUGCCAUAGUUAGUGAACUCGUCAAAUUUGCAGUUGAUACCAAGUAUGCACUGUGGAAGCUGCAAAGAUGAUUUAAAUUACAAAUGAUAAAAAAUACCAAGGCUAGGUUAACACCUGUUAGAUGGCCAAGUAAAAAAGUUCAGAGGAUUAGACGCAAGUAACAAAAACAUAAAAAUAUAAAAAUAAGAUGGGAAUCGGUGAGAUUGAAGAAGAUGUUUAUGGGGGGGAAAAGGACCCAUGUUGAUGCAUCAUUUACAUCUUCCACACAAUGUUGGAGGAGCCAAACAAAAAGCAAACAGAAUGGUAAGAAAUAUAGUUUUAAGUGUUCCAAGGGAUGUUAUGUGAAACUUGUAUAGUGCACUAGUAAGAACCUCGUUAGAAUAUUGUGUACAAUUUUGGUUACCACAUUAAAAAAAUAUAUAUAUUGCUGCUCUGGAAUCAGUCCAGAAGUGUGAACAGAUACAUAUCGGGGCUUAAAAGAAUACACUCACAGGCUAAAAGAACUGAUUCAUUUUGGUCUUGAGCAAAGAAGACUACAAGGGGAUCUGAUUCAAAGGCCUCGACAAACUCAGCCCUGCGGAGUUCUUCACAGUCAACCAUGACGACACAAGGGGGAACUACAGAGAAGCGCGUUGAAAAGUGAAAAGGGAAGACCAAGAGACACUUUUUUACCCCAACAGUUCUGGGAGUUCUGGAACACGCUUCCCAGCCGCGUUGUCCAAGCUGAUCACCCUGUCUCUUUUUCAAGGCUUGUCGGGAUGAGGUCCUCGGAUCGACUACUUACAAGCACCCGAACAGUAGAUUUUCCGAAAGGUCUUAGCUCGCUCUAACCUUUCCUUGGCUCUGAUGUUAUCUGAACAGUGGAAAGAAAGGGAUGGCAAGCAACUUGUGUAUAUACAGAGUCACAAAUAUUUUGUGCCUUUUUUGUGCAUCUGUGUCUUUAUUGGGCAUUUGAAGCAGGAAACAUUUGAGUGAAGAGGACAUGGCAGAGAAUGUCCAUAAGCAGGCCUGUCCUGAAAGAGGAAGAUGAUUGGGGAACAGUGAGGCUGUUCUCCAGGAGGUCUAAGGCCCAGCUACAUGUAGUCAUAUCAUACGUAUAUAAUAUGCAUUAGUACAGUACAUUACUGUUGCCAUAGGAAUGUUCAAAAUAUGCGAAACAUUUCUUCAUAUAGCAUUACCAUGUCGAUAUUUUAUGUGAUGUAUAAUUGUUCAAAUUAACGUUUAGGUGAAAGGGAGUUGAAAAAAGCAACAUGCGAAACAAGGGGCUGGACCCUCUUGGAGAUUUUCCCCUUCACAAAAUUAAAUGAGAGUAAAUUUCUUCUAUCUCAUAGAUAAGGGAAGUGUGGCAAUUGAAACAAUACCAAUUACAUGAUAUAUCUCUUUUUCAGCUUUUGUAAUAGACACAAUCCUCUGUAUUGCUAACAUGCAGUCCACAGUAAGAAGAAAUGCAAUGCAGAUUAGAAGAAGAUUUGGAUCUGAAUCAGGCAUUAACAUUAACGCCCAUUUAAUCAAUGUGUAGACCUGUGUCUUUUCACUUAUCAUCGGACUUAAUCUGCAUUUAUAUGCAAUUCAAUAAGUGAACAUUAGUGGGGGUGCUUUAUUUUACAUUUAUCUGUCAUGUAGCUUUGUUAAGGAUUGAACAGAAUAUAAUUUGGCUAAAUACUUAAGAAAUGGGAGCAUAGUGGUAAUGUGUUUAUCAGACUUCUUCCACCUGGUUUAAACUACAGCACAGGAUCAUUUCAGAUCCAGUGAAAAUCCUUCACUCAUUUAUCACGUUUUGAAAAAGCUGUCGUUUCAGAUUCUGUCUUUUCUGUGAUCCUUUGAUUUCUCUUUUUGAGGGGUGGCAACCUUCUUUAGAUCUAGUGAACACUUUUUCCCCCCCCCACUUUCAAAGUAUUUUUUCCCGUGUACAGUCACCUAAACCUAUUCUUGGUUCAGUGUCCUUUCAAGAAGUGAAUUGUGUGCUUUCAGCUACGGUCAGGCCUUUAAACAAGCAGAAGUGGCAAUUUAUUUUUUCCAAAUGACUGCAGAGCUCUCCAGGCAUUUGAAAUGCAAAACAAAACUGAAGAAAACCUUGUGCUUGCGGACCAGAAAUCAAAUGUCUGCAUCAUCAGGAGGAAGAGACUCCUCUCAGACUUGCCUGUAAUUGGGUUAUCUGUAGCUGACAACUAGUCAGCGUAAAUUAAUUCCUAUAGGGGCAAACUGGUAAUUCAGAAUUCUGAAGCUCUCCAAACCAAAAGCAAGGAAUAUGUUAGUGUUCUAUAACUUGAGAAAGUUAAUUUAAAAAGUGCUUGGUUUUUAUGCAAGAAAUUCUUAACAGCACUUUUCUUGUUGCUGUUUUUUUUUUUUGGCUUCCCCUAAAUUACAGCCUUUGCCACUUAUCUUGCAUAUUUGUGAGUGUUGUUUCUCAGCAUUAGUGUGACUAAUGCCAUUUGUGAUUCUGCACACCUGUCACGGUUUUUAUUUCUUAAAAAUGAAUUAGAUCUUUUCAGGAGGAGAAUGCUUUUAACAUUUAUCAGAACUAUUCAUUGUAAAAAAAAAGGUUGGGGAGGAAUGUGAAGUACAAUAUGAAAUCAAUCAGUCUAGAUAUUAAAAGCAGUUAGAGGGGAAGAUAUAUAAAUAUCUGUGUUUUCUGUCUCUUUCUCUUUCAAUUCUUGUUGAUCUCAUUGAGAUCUUUUGAAUGUUAUCAAACUUGUUUUGAAGUUUAUGGUUUACAGCAUUCGUAUCCUUCAAACACUCUUGUCACCAGAGACCACCUCUUGUAUUCUUUUUGGCCAGUUUAUCACUUAAUUCAAACAACUCUCCAUUGAAAUACCCACAAGUAGUAUUAUUUUAUGUUUUAUAUUAUUAUAUUUUUAAGCUGCUAAAAAAAGACAUAUAACGGGCCUUCCCUUAACAGACUUGUGAGCGCAGGGAUCACUCUGUAACCCACAGUGUCAAUGUUGGAGAGCAGUGGUGCAAAAUACUUUCUGCAUUUUAUGGGCUGUAAAAAGUUUGUAUUUAUUGUGUACAAAUGUUAAAUAAUAAAACAAAUGAAAAGGUCUAUAUUUGUUUUU